ACGCGCAACGUUUCGUUUCAUGGUUUUUGCUUAUUUUUGUCGUGAAAAUUAUCCGAAACAUUCCAAAUUUGCAUCUACAAUGAACGCACAACCACAAAAAAGCCAUGAGAGCUAUUCUCCCAUCGAAAAUCUCCCGGUUGAGAUGUUGCUUGAAAUUUUCCAAUAUUUAGACUCGUGGAGCAUUCGUCGUUGUUCAGAAGUUUGCAUUACUUUCUUUUACCUGACCUCACAUUCACAAUUCAAGAAGUUCUUUCAGUUAAAGAUGUGUGACGUUUUUCUGGCCCCUAAUUGUGACAUCGGAGCGACAUUAGCUGCUGAAAAUCGUACAAACCGAACGUUUGGUUGUCUCAAAUUGGAAAGUGUAACCUUUAAAACGUUAGACUUUGCCAAAAAUUUCUUCCUGCGACUUGGAUCAGAAAUCACCGAUAUCGAAAUAGAAGACACGUUUUUUGAGCCACAAAUGAUACAGAAAGGAUCUGAAACGAAAGACAAGGAUUUUCGCGGGAAUAUUUUGAAUUAUUUUCCAUGCUUGGAAAAAUUAACGAUUGGCAAUUAUUACAGAGUAUUUAGUGAGCUACAAACCUUUCCUUCGUCAUUAAAAGAAAUCUAUGUGAAAUCUAUGGAAUUUUCGAAAGUAAAUGAUGUAAAGGACUCGCUAAUUAACGAAAAAGGCGCGAUGAAUUUGAAAAAAAUGAUUUGCUCUAAAUUGGUUCUUUAUGAUGAUGAGGGUUUUCCAGAAGGUUGGAAGGUUACAAAUGCAGCUUUGGAAAACUUGAGUCAAUUGGAAGGAUAUGGACCUUAUUAUUAUUAUUUCGCAAACAAUUGUAACUUAAUGGAGCAUACAGUACUUGAUGUAUCUCAUAUCACUGGUGUACAAUAUAAACAUUGCGAAGAUACUGUAUUUACGGCUCUAUGUCGUUUUCCGACAAUACAAUCAAUUUCUCUGAAUAUAGUAGAGCCGUAUACUUGCAAGGGUGAUAAUCAUCAGCCAAUUCUAGAUUUUUCGCAUGUCAAAAGUUUUAAAAUGCAUUUUGAACAGGAAGACUUUGAUUGCAUUACUUGCAUUACGAACAUUUUAUCUUCCUUCACUGGCUUAACAAAACUUAAUUUGGGAACGAAUUGGACCGGAUACGAGUACCGUGUAAUUUUUGCUAAUAUGCCAAAAUUGGAGUACCUUGAAUUGCAUGGAAAAAUUCCACGACACUUUUUCGACUCGGCCGAACAUAAUCCGAAUUCAAUUGAGCAACUGAAGAAUUUGCAGCACUUAGUGAUCAAAGAGACUUAUUACCAAUCCAUACCAAGUCUUCCAAACAAGUCAUUUCUACAUUUCUCGUUUCUGCCGAAUCUCAAGACAUUGCGCAUUCGACAACCUUACAGAGAGAACACCAUCAAAAUCAGUGGAAUUCGCCAGUUGGUCCGCCAAUGUCCAAAUAUUGAAACCUUUUCAUUUUCGGAUGAAGAAAUGAGCUAUGAGAUGCUCAAAGAAAUGAUUUGUGGAUGGCCUCGCUUAACGACUUUGCUUCUACCAAACACACCAAUCCCGCACAGAUACACUUGGAAUUUCAUGAAAAAAAAUUGUCGUCGCUUAAAACAUUUGUCUAUCUCACAUUACAAAACCAAUUUGACGUUUGCAAAACAGUGUUCAUUAUUUCAGAGAAUUCCCAGUUUGAAUAUUCUUAUAAAGGGACCUUAUCGUUUUACACGUACUGAUUUUUAUGAGAAAAAUGUUUACUUGCGACAAUUUUCUCAACGUCACUCAGAAAUUUCAUUAAAAUACAAACCUUCGACAACUGUAUCGAAAUCCAAGAAAAAAUCUCGUUUCAUAUACCAUCAUAGAUAUUUAUGGAAAGCUACAAUAUAUAAAGAGCGUGACCACUAUUAUCAAUAUGAUGAAGAAUAUUAUACUGAUGCAAGCUCGGAAGAAGAAGAGUAAUGUUAGAAGGGUCUAAAAGAUAGAAAAUAAUUAGAAUUCUACCUUCUUCUACUUUACGUUAAAAUGUUCAAAUGAAACGUCGAUAGAAUAUAGACUAAAAGAAAAACUGAUUUUCAAUUUU